AUGAUGUUUGAAAAUGGUGAUGGUAAUGAUAACAAAAAAAGGAAAAUAUAUGAAGACACAUCAGAUUAUGAACAUAAUAGAAAAUUUUCCAAUUAUUUAAACCCAUUUAAUAAUAAUAAUAAUCAAAUAAAUAAUUACAGUAAUCUUUAUUUAAAUGAAAAUUCAUGUAAUAUAUAUAUACAAAAUAAAACUGCCACUAAUUUUUUAAACACAAAUAAUAAUAACAAUAUACAGUUUAAUAAAAAUUUAUUGAUUAAUAGCAUUGAUGUGAUUUUGAAUUUUAUCAAUUACAACAAUUUAAAUGAUUCAGUAAAACCUGAAACACUUCACGAAAAUCUCUUGAAUUUACGCUUUCAUAUUCUUAGUUUGAAUGACGAUAAAUUUAAUCAAAAAAAAAUAACUGAAUAUUUUUCAAAAAUGUAG